AUGGACAUCUCUUCAGCUUAUGAAUGUAGCAGCAGCACCGGAGAACUAAUGCUGGCUUCACGAAUCCCGAAGAAGAAAUCCGGAAGGAAGAAGUUCAAGGAGACUCGACACCAGGUUUACCGAGGAGUGAGGGGAAGAAAUCCCGGCAAGUGGGUGUGUGAAGUGAGAGAACCAAAUAAGCGAUCAAGAGUGUGGCUGGGGACAUAUCCGACCGCAGAAAUGGCAGCCCGGGCACACGAUGUGGCGGUUUUGGCCAUGAGGGGGCGGUCAGCUUGUUUAAAUUUUGCUGACUCAGUUUGGCGGCUGCCUGUACCGGAGUCUAACAAUGUAAAGGAUAUACAAAAGGCAGCAACUGAGGCUGCAGAGGCGUUUAGGCAGACGGAGGAUGCGGUGGUGGGAACCAAUGAAUUUCCGGAAGUAGUGGUCUACGCUAGACCUGGCAAAGGGGUCGGGUCGGGUCAUAGGUCAAAACGGGUUCGGGUCAAAACGGGUCAAUUACAAAAAAGGCAGACGGAAAACGCGAUGGGAAUGAAUGAAUUGCCGGAAGUAGUGGUCUACGCCGAUGAGGAUGAGAUGUUUGGAAUGCCUGGAUAUAUUGCUAGCAUGGCUGAGGGACUCAUGGUACCGCCACCUCAGAUGGUGGGGUAUGCUAACUUUCGAGAUGAUGAAGAUUUUUAUGUUGACAUGUCUUUAUGGAGUUUUAUGUAG